UAGGAAGUUGCCUUGUUGGUUUCAGUUACAACAGACUUCAUCACAUCAGAAAUUUUACUUGUUGUUAACCUUUAAAGAAAUUCAGACCUAGGAAAAUUCCCAAAAACCUUCAAAAAGGCAGAAAUAGAAGAAUGAGAAGGACUGUCUUCAGCGGUGUUUUUAUGUUACUCUGCCUCUUGAGUGAUGUUAGAGGUAUGAUUUGUAGAUUAUGCAACCUCUCAAUGCCCUUCCAUGGAUGUCUUUUGGAUUUUGGAACCUGCAGAACAAAACCUGGUCAGCAUUGUAUGAAAGAGACUCACCUAAGAGGUGGAAUUCAGUGGUAUUCCAUUUUGGGCUGCACAGAGACCCAUGAUGACUGCUUCAAGAAAAAGACAAUGUCUUCUGGAAUGCAUUUUAUUUACUGCUGCCAUCACACCCUGUGCAAUUUCUGAGCCAGUGGCCAAUUUCCAAGUUGGUUGAUGGGACAGCCAAUCUCCAAGUCUGACCUGGUCAUCACAAGACAACGGGCUACCACUAAGGGGCCCUCUGCGAACACCUCAGAUCUUUGCAGGUCAUACGAGUUGUGGUCUGAAACCAACUCUGGUUUUCAAGGAGCCUCAUUUCUUCCCCACCACCGUAAACUCCUCCCAGAAACAUCCUUUUCAACACCAUGUCUCCUCUCUCCUCUUUCUGCUUAAUUCCCCUUCUGGUGAUUUCAAAGCUAUCAAGAAGUAAAAAUGUAAUU